CUCGUUCCUCUUCAACCUCAUCUUGACUCGCUCGUUGAAAACCCCCGGCGGUUGUGGAGAAGUCUUUGCUGAACUAUACCCAUAUCAUUCACUUUCUCUCCUUCUCAGGAGACUCCCUCCGUUCUUUUUGAUUUCUUAUUGUUUGUUUUCUCGUCAUGACCGAUCGACGCUCCGAUUCUGAAGGUUCGCGCGCGAAACGCCAGAAGAUGGAUAAGGCUUCAACAGACCCUAAGAACAACCCCUAUUUGGCGCAUAUGUAUGAGGAUGAGUCGGCCGAUGGCGCUCUCAGCAAGGGCUCUGCAUUCGCCAAAGUGAAGAGACACCGGACGACUGCCGCCCAGGCCCAGAAGAUUGAAGAUGGCGAUAUCAACCCGUUCACCCAGCAGCCCUUCUCCAACAAGUACUUCUCGAUCAUGAAGGGGCGCCGUGAUUUGCCUGUCCAUGCCCAGAGAGAUGAAUUUUUACAACUCUACCAGCAGUCGCAAAUCCUGGUGUUCGUGGGUGAAACCGGUUCCGGUAAAACGACACAGAUUCCUCAGUUCGUCCUGUUCGAUGACCAGCCGCAAACUCAGCGUAAGAUGGUCGCCUGUACGCAACCCCGUCGAGUGGCGGCCAUGUCCGUCGCCCAGCGUGUGGCGGCAGAAAUGGAUGUCAGGCUGGGAGAAGAAGUGGGUUACAGCAUCCGUUUCGAGGACAAGACGGGCCCCAAGACUCUCCUGAAGUACAUGACGGACGGUAUGCUUUUGCGGGAGGCCAUGCAUGACCAUAACCUAAAUCGCUACAGCACGAUCAUUCUGGACGAGGCUCACGAACGGACCAUGGCGACGGAUGUUCUGAUGGGUUUACUGAAGGAGGUUGUGGUGCGACGCCCGGAUCUGAAGAUCAUCAUCAUGUCUGCGACUCUGGAUGCGCAGAAGUUCCAGCGCUACUUCAUGGAUGCCCCUCUCCUCGCCGUUCCCGGUCGCACCCACCCGGUCGAGAUCUUCUACACCCCCGAACCCGAAAAUGACUACGUGGAGGCCGCCAUCCGCACGGUUCUCCAAAUUCACGCCACCGAGGCAGAUGGUGAUAUCUUAUUGUUCCUGACUGGUGAGGAGGAAAUUGAAGAUGCCUCGCGCAAGAUCUCCCUGGAGGCCGAUGAGAUGACCAGAGAAGUUGGCGCCGGUCCGCUGAAGGUAUACCCGCUCUAUGGCAGUCUGCCGCCGCAUAUGCAGCAACGCAUCUUCGACCCGGCCCCCGGCCCAACGCGCCCCGGAGGUCGCGCUGGGAGAAAGGUCAUCGUGUCGACGAACAUCGCCGAAACUUCGCUGACCAUCGAUGGUAUCGUGUAUGUCGUGGACCCGGGUUUCUCGAAGCAGAAGAUCUACAACCCCCGCAUCCGUGUCGAGUCGCUCUUGGUGUCUCCGAUCUCCAAGGCUUCGGCGCAGCAGCGUGCCGGUCGUGCCGGUCGUACACGUCCCGGAAAGUGCUUCCGCCUUUACACCGAAGGCGCCUUCAAGAAGGAACUGAUCGACCAGACCUACCCUGAGAUCCUGCGCUCCAACCUGUCGUCCACCGUCCUGGAGUUGAAGAAACUUGGUGUCGAUGAUCUGGUCCACUUUGAUUUGAUGGACCCCCCCGCCCCCGAGACCCUGAUGAGAGCCCUGGAGGAGCUCAACUACCUGGCGUGCUUGGAUGACGAGGGCAACCUCACUCCGUUGGGCCGUCUGGCGUCGGAAUUCCCCCUUGACCCCGCCCUGGCGGUCAUGCUGAUCAGCUCGCCCGAGUUCUACUGCUCCAACGAGAUCCUCUCCAUCACGGCCCUUCUGUCCGUCCCCCAGGUCUUCGUGCGACCGGCAUCCCAGCGCAAGCGCGCCGACGAGAUGAAGAACCUCUUCGCUCACCCCGACGGCGACCAACUGACCAUGCUCAACGUCUACCACGCCUUCAAGGGCGCCGACGCCCAGGAAAACCCCAAGCAGUGGUGCCACGACCACUUCCUCUCCCUGCGAUCGCUCCAGUCGGCAGAUAACGUGCGCAUGCAGCUUCUGCGCAUCAUGGAGCGCGAAGAGCUCGAGAUGGUCUCCACUCCCUUCGAGGACAAGAAGUACUACGAGAACAUCCGCCGUGCCCUGUGCGCUGGGUUCUUCAUGCAGGUCGCCAGGAAGGAAAGCCAGGGAAAGAACAUGUACACGACCAUCAAGGACAACCAAAAUGUCUUGUUGCAUCCCUCGACUGUUCUGAGCCACGAAGCUGAAUGGGUCCUGUACAAUGAAUUUGUGCUCACCACUAAGAAUUACAUCCGGACUGUCACCGCCGUCAAGCCUGAGUGGCUCCUGGAUAUCGCCCCCGCAUACUACGACAUCUCAACCUUCGCCAAGGGCGACAUCCGGUCAGCUCUUCUCCGCGCCGCCGAGCGGCUUACGCGCAAGGAGAAGAUGCGUUCUGAGGGAUCACGGAGACGAUAGAUUAUGUGUAUUUGCGGUUUUAGGAGUUCCUUUUUUUAUUUACCCUUUCUAGACAUCUAUUUUAUGUUGAUGAAAUGUUCUUUCUAUUUGGCGUCGUGGCCGGUACGCUUCUGUAGAUUUCCUCUAUCUGUCUUUUUCUUUCAUUUUCUUCUUGUCUAUGCUUAG